CCGAGCAGCGAGCAUGCAGCGCAAACUGCUGAGAAAUUCUGUUUAAUACAUUUUCUUGCUUACUUUGGGCUUGUAACCGAACAACUGCAACACAAACUUUUACUUUUGUGUUAUUUUUGGCAAUGGAUCACUGACUCAGCUCGGACCUGUUGGAUCAAACUCACUUGCAACUUCUUUCUGUGAUCGAAUUAUCUUUUAAAAGAAACAAUGCAGAGCUGGAGAAGUGAAUAAAACUGUCUGGGGGAGCAGUAAAAGGAUGAUCUGACCCUGCGUAAAGCCCCAGAGGACAUCUCUUUUUCCUCACCCAGAAAACACGUGAAACGGCAGCAGGAACAGCAGAGGCGUCCAGGAGGCUUCAGUCAACAUGACCGUGUCCGGCGGUUUUGUCGGAUACUUGUCAGCUCAUUUUACUUGACCGCAUGGUGCCGUGGCUGCGGAAAUAAGGACCGCUGUCCAUGUACGUUGGAUGAAUAAGAGUAGUUUCAAACACGUUGUUGGAGCUGUCCUGCACAAGUUUGGUGAGAGCUGUACAAUGCGGGGCACUUUGGGCGCAUUCAUGCGGUGCUGUCUCAUCCUGCUGGUCCGUGCAGACCAGUGGAGGCUGAAGGACUCAUCCAGCUGCGAGUUAAAGAGGAAGCAAACGGACCUAAACUCCUUCCUGUGGACUAUUAAACGGGAUCCCCCAUCAUAUUUUUAUGGUACAAUCCAUGUUCCCUAUACCCGUGUUUGGGACUUCAUCCCUGAAAAUUCCAAGCAAGCCUUCCAGGAGAGCAACAUUGUUUACUUUGAGCUGGACCUGACUGACCCUUACACCAUCUCAGCCCUGACCAGCUGUCAGUUGCUUCCCCAAGGAGAAAACCUGCAGGACGUCCUACCAAGAGACAUCUAUAGGAGACUUAAAAGACACCUUGAGUAUGUAAAACUCAUGAUGCCAUCUUGGAUGACGCCCGAUCAGAGAGGAAAGGGACUCUAUGCCGACUACCUCUUCAAUGCCAUAGCUGGGAAUUGGGAAAGGAAGCGUCCUGUGUGGGUGAUGUUGAUGGUGAACUCACUAACUGAGCCAGAUAUCAAGACGCGAGGGGUGCCAGUGCUGGACCUGUACUUGGCCCAGGAGGCAGAGAGGAUGAGGAAGAGAACAGGAGCAGUGGAGAAGGUGGAGGAACAAUGCCAUCCGCUUAAUGGUCUCAAUUUCUCUCAGGUGAUCUUUGCCCUGAACCAGACAUUAAUGCAGCAGGAGUCUUUGAGAGCAGGAAACCUCCAGGUCCCAUACACAACCGAGGACCUAAUCAGACACUACAACUGUGGGGAUCUCAAUUCCAUCAUCUUUAAUCAUGACACCUCACAGGUGCCUAAUUUCAACAAUGUGACCUUGCUGCCUAGUGAGCAGGUGACUGCCCAGGAAAUUGAUGCCUACUUCCGACUGGAGCUAAUUUACAAGAGGAAUGAGAGAAUGGGCAGGAGGGUCAAAGCCCUGUUAGAGGAGCAACCAGACAAGAGCUUCUUCUUUGCCUUCGGUGCAGGUCACUUUCUUGGCAACAACACAGUUAUCGAUGUGCUUCGCCGUCAGGGAUAUGAGGUGGAGCACACACCUGCUGGACAGCCCAUACAGAGAAAAUCAUUAUCAAAACCGGCUUCUCCAGCACUGGAGGAUCACCAUGAUGAUUUUACUUAUAUGGAACCUUUCCUCCAUGAGCUCCCCCACAAGGAGGAGGAUCAGGGGCUUCCCCUAGAGGAGGAUCCGUUACCCCACAUACUCCUUCCUGCAGACAGCCUAGAUCUUCUAGAGAAAGCAGAGAGGAAAAUGCUUAAGAAAAAGAGGCGAAACAAGCAAAAGAAACAACGGAAUCGACAUUUUAAUGACCUCUGGGUGCGGUUGGAAGAGAGUUCUAUGGUGCAGUCUCCGCCUCCCACUUUGGUUCGCAUCAUCAAUGGUUAUAUCACAGUGGAGCCACCAAACUCAGUUUACAGCCAGCACAACUACCAUCAUUUACAGUCUUCAUCACACAUCUCCAUUCCAUACAUUUUACUUCUCUUGCUCUCUACAUUUAUGGCUUUGAUUUUUCAGAGAGAGUCUGUGGUACUCUAGUAAGACAUCGUUGAUUAAUUUAUCAAAUAAGCAUUUAAGAGUUUAAACUCUAUUUAAUAUAAGGUCUGAUUAAAACCUGGAGGGUGGGCUUCAGAAAUUAGGGGGAAUUCUGUUAAAUGAGGAUUACAUGUAGCUGUCAGACUGGAUCAACAUCACUUGGAAAUGAAAAUUCAAAUGUUAACUGAUGUCAGUGAACUAACGCUCUGAUGAAAACAUUUAACGUGUUUUCCUGGAAUAUACAGGUUUGAUGUUUUCUUAUUUUACAAUGAUAAGACUUUGGACAAAGAAUGCAAAAGGCAAGUGGAAAAAAUAAUUGUAUACUUCUCAUAGACAUUAAUGCCAGAUGAUUGCUACCCAAUUUAUCCAUUCAGUGCCUGCAACAUGCAUACCAUUCAAAGCCUUCUUGAACAUCAAAUAUCAUUUAUAAACACAAACAGAAUCAUUUCCUGUCUUUAGUGCGUUUGUAUGAGUUGUUAAUGUGUGUUUGUUUUUGCAAGUUUGUCAGCUGUUAUGCCCCCUGUGUUUGCAACCAGAAGAAUUCUUCACAACUUAAUUUAUUCUAUCAUUUACAAAGAAUUGCUUUAAUGUUGGGAAAAACAUAUUGCUUGGGGAAUUGUACAUAGUGUUUUAAAUACUAUAGAUGUAUUUUAGGGCUAUACAAAUUAAAAUGAUCAAAAGCAUUGUUAUAUAUAAAUUAAUAAAUAGUGUGCAGUAUAUUUCUGAAAGGACAUCAGGAACUAACCACCACAGCCCAUGUCAUGUUUCACACUGUAAUUAAAGUUGUGAUAUGGACAUAUGAUUGUAUUGUAUCUAAUCUAUCAGUGUUAUUACCUGCUUUGUUGUGUUUAUUGAAAGAGUUCAUGAUCAAGCAUAUUUGUUUUUCAUUAGAUUUAAAUUAUUUAACUUCAUUAGUUUUUCGAUAAAGCAUAUGGGACAUUUUCUAUGACUUUUUUAUAAAUAAUUUUGUUACUACAGCAUACAAGUGUGUUUUUUAUGUUUUUAGUGUAAUAAUAAUAAUAUUGCAGCUAUAAUAAAGCUUUCUACACAUGUAGAACAUGUACAGGGUAGUAUUCUAGGCCAGUCAUAUGUCAUCUAUGGAAUGAGAUAAGUGUAACAGUAUCAGCAAUAAAAUAUUUAUGUAGACAUA